AACCAUGGGCACCCAGACAGCAAUUUCUUACACUCCGUAAUACAAAAUCAAUGUCUCCUUCUCCUACUUUUUGUCGUCUCUACAGUCCCCUACUUUUCAUCCGACGCCUGCGCAGUGGUUCUUACUUGGUAAAUUGCAGUAUGAAUCGCAGAUAAGUUGAAGAUUUUCUCAAGAAAAUCAAGCUAUGGAUCCUUCACUCAGUUCCGCGUCUCUCUCUUAUCCUUCUUCCAACAAGGAGACAUGGAGACGAACCGCUAUUCUGUCUUUUCAAAGCCUUGGAGUGGUAUAUGGCCGACUCAGCACUGCUCCUUUGUAUGCAUUUGGAUCCAUUGACCCGGAGGAUGUCAGGUCAAAGGAGGAGAUAUAUGAACUCUUCUCCUUUGCUUUCUGGACAUUGACUAUCAUCCCCUUGUUGAAAUAUGUGCUUAUAGUUUUGAAUGCUGACGAUGAGGGGGAAGGUGGUACUUUUGCAUUGUAUUCUUUGCUGUGUAGGCAUGCCAAAGUUGGGCUGCUUCCAUGUGAUAAAAGUGCGGCUGAGACAAUGCAUCACAAGGAGACCCCAUUUAGGAUCAAAAUGAGAACUAGAGCUAGAUGGGCAAUUGAAAAACAUAAAAGCUGCCACUAUUUGCUGUUGCUUCUGGCUCUGAUUGGAUCUUGUUCAAUAAUAUGUGAUGGAGUUCUAACACCUUCCAUUUCUGUUUUGUCCGCGACCUCAACACUAAAACGUUCCAUAUCAAAAAUAUUGCACCAGUCGGUCUCUCCUGGAAAGGUAGAAUCCAUUGACAAGUAUUUGACAAAAUAUAUCCCAGUCCCUUCAGCUUGCGCUAUACUGGUUUGCCUUUUCACUUUGCAAAAGUAUGGAACCCAUAAGAUUGGCUUCCUUUUUGCUCCGGUUGUCAUAAUAUGGAUCAUUUUCAUCAGCACAAUGGGCAUAUAUAAUAUUAUCCACCACCCUACAAUCCUUCGGUCAGUCUCACCUGUGUAUGUUGUUAGGUUCUUUAGAAAAGCAGGAACCAGAAGAUGGAAACUCUUAGGGAACAUUGCCUUAUGCAUAGCAGGAUCUGAAGCAAUGUUUGCUGAUCUAGGACAUUUUUCGAAGAAAUCCAUCCAGGUCACAUUUGCCCUAAUAAUAUACCCCAUCCUUGUAAUUAGCUAUGCCGGACAAGCUGCAUUUAUCUCCUCACAUUUAGGUGCAUCUCCUGAUGUUACGCAUCUUAGCGAAUCUUUACCCAACAGUAGAAAUCUUCAUCAUGUUUUCACGGUACUAUCCCUAGUGGCAUCUCUUGUGGGUAGCCAGGCUACCAUUACGGCAACUUAUUCAAGCAUAAACCAAUGUCAAGCACUGGCCUGCUUCCCAAGAGUUAAAGUUAUCCAUACGUCAGAUAAGAUAUACGGCCAGGUUUAUAUUCCUGAUAUGACAUGGAUUUUGAUGGCUCUAAGUUUAGGUAUCACACUCGGUUUGCAGGAUAUACCCGCUAUUGCCAAUGCUACAGGUUUAACAGUUAUUUGUGGGAUGUUAGUCACUUCCUGUCUUAUGGCACUUGUAAUUGCGCUCUACUGGGAGAGAAGCCUUUUCUUCUCAGUCUGCUUCUUGUUAGCCUUCGGCACGGUUGAAGCCGUGUACCUCUUCUCUUGUCUGAUGAACUUUUCCAAGGGAACCUGGUGUAUCCUCAUACUCGCCUCACUUUUUCUGACCACUAUGCUUUCAUGGCACUACGGCACUGUUAAGAAGUACGAGUUUGACAAAGAAAACAAGGUUGCCUUGGAUUGGCUAACCGAAUUCAGCCCCGGAUUGGGUGUUAAUCGGAUUCCGGGCAUUGGGUUUAUUUACACGGAUCUCUCAACGGGUAUCCCUUCGUUUUUCUCCCAUUUCAUAGCAAACAUCCCAGCAUUUCACCAGCUUCUAGUCCUCGUGUCCUUCAAGCCAUUGCCCGUGCCCUACAUCCCCUCCAAAAGGAGAUACCUUAUUGGCAGGGUGGGCCACAAAGAGUACAAGAUUUACCGGUGCAUUGUCUGCUAUGGGUACUGUGACCCAAUGAGGGACACCAAUGAUUUUGAAGACCAUGUCAUUACUUCUAUAGGAGAGUUCAUUUCCAGGGAGGAAAAUGGCAGUCAUCAGGAAGUGAUUGCCUCCCCAGAAGGAAGGAUGAUUGCCUUGGGAGGACACAAUGCAUCAAAUGCUCUGAUUCCUGUGGAGGACAUUGAUGACAUUCCACAUGCCUCACCUGACAUUGAAAGCCAAAGAAGCCCUCUGAAGGGCACCCCUCCCAAAAGGAGAAAGAGGGUCCGGUUCGUGCUGCCCCAGGGGAGUCCCAGGGAGAACCCAGCCAUGAGAAUGGAGCUGCAGGAGCUAGUUGAUGCUCGGGAAAACGGGGCCGCGUACUUCUUGGGAAAGUCAAACUUAACGGUGCGCGAAGGGUCAAACUUUUUCAAGCGGUUCCUUGUGAUGAAUUAUAUCUUUCUGGACAAGAAUUGCCGAGAGCCUCCCGUUGCCCUGAACAUACCUCACGCUGCUCUGCUGGAGGUUGGGAUGCCUUAUGUGAUCUGAUAUGUGUAUGUGCACAGUUUAGUGUAACAUUAUGUUUUCAUAGCUCUAUGUACAUUGACAUGUAGCUGAAUGUGAUCUUACUGUAAUUGUAAUGUACCCAGAAAGAAAGAAAACACACAGUG